AUGGCCUUCCCCGGAGACACCGAACCCGGUCUCGACAGCUCAGAGGCAUACAAACGCAGUGUCAUGCUCGUUAUCUGGUACAAGGCAGGCUCGGCGCCUUUGCGCGUCGUCAACCCCCUGCCCUCCUUCCCGUAUCUUUCACUAGCCCAGUUCCCACAUCUUGUCAGCGCCCUCAGCCUCAGCACACAAAGCUUCGUAGACGCGUACAACCCUCGCGCGCGACACUGGGAACAGCACACCCUCAGCACAGUUCGUGUCGUCGCUACAGAACAACGCAUUCUCUACCGACUACGGCAAAGUCUACUGGAAGGCUUGGAAGAGGACGAAUGCCCCGGCCUGGCCGAAGAACUUGAAGCUCAAGAGCGCUUCCAAACUACUCGAGCUAGGACCGCGUCAGAAGAUAAUGGCUAUCCCAGCGCACACGGCGUCAAGCGUCAGGCAGAUGCUCCUGCCGAUGAGGACAGGCCCUCCAAGUUCUACGUGGCCGAGUCCGGCGCCUACCCCGCGCACCCCGCGCCUCCCACUCCGGUAACACACAACAUGCAUCACCCGUACGGCAUGCCGACUCCUGCGUUCACGACGCCAAAGGAGAUGAACGACGUCGAGAAGGCGCAACAGUACGUCUACGAUACGAGCUUGUACAGCGCGGUCGCGAACUCGCCUCAACCACCUACACCCUCGUCUGCGCAUCACCAAGGGCACGGGACACCCUCGCAGCAUCCUCAGCCAUCGCCGCAAAUGCAGUCCAUGCCGCAGCCUCCAUCAACGCCGCUCCCGCGUGAUGGGGUGGACCACCCCGGGAACCCACCUACUCCGGCGGCGAGUCCUCUCCACGUCCCGAUACCGUACCACCCACACCCACCGCUCAAGCGCUGGCCCAACGACUACACGGUGAACGAGAUUGCGACUGGUUUUUCCAACAUGGAUACCCUCAUCCAGCAGACGCCGACGCUCACCCAGCGCGCCGCCUUCGAGCGUGUUUUCGGUUGCCGCUACGUCAAGUCCACCGUGUGCCGGCACCGCGGCGUAUGGCGGCGCGCAGACGCCUCGGUCCGUAACGCGUUCAUCAACAUGGGCCGCGCUGAGACCGCCGUCUGGGGCGAGUUUGUGCGGCGCGUGGAAGGGCGCGCGUCUGCGUUGCCUGAUCGGGACGCCACUAUGCCAAGUAUGGCAAACCCGAGUGGCGAUGGCGGUGUCGUGCCGGUCGUGUCAUCUGGCGCAAUGUCUGUGCCGGUUAAUGUUCAAGCUGAGCAUCCUCAAGACCCGAUGGCGAGCCUUGGUCAAGACCUAUCUGGCGUUAUGGGCAUGAAGGAAGGGAUGGUUAGCAACGGAGUAAACGGCCAUCACCGUAAUGGACUUCCCCAGAACAACGUAUAUGAUGCGCACCAUGGCGGACCUAGCAUCUCCCGCGCGCUUGGCGGCGACUCAUAG